AUGCAGGGGGCCUGCCUGCUGCUGCUGCCGGGCCUGUGGCUACAGCUCUCCCUUGGCCUCGUCCCAGUUGAGGAGGAAGACCCCGCCUUCUGGAACCGCCAGGCAGCCCAGGCCCUUGAUGUGGCUAAGAAGCUGCAGCCCAUCCAGACAGCUGCCAAGAAUGUCAUCCUCUUCUUGGGGGAUGGGAUGGGGGUUUCCACGGUGACAGCCGCUCGGAUCCUAAAGGGGCAGAUGGAUGGCAAGCCGGGACCUGAGACACCCCUGGCCAUGGAUCAGUUCCCAUACGUGGCUCUGUCCAAGACAUACAACGUGGACAGAGAUGUACCAGACAGCGCAGGCACGAGCACCGCCUACUUGUGUGGGGUCAAGACCAACAUGAGGACCAUUGGUGUAAGUGCAGCCGCCCGCUUCGACCAGUGCAGCACGACACGUGGGAAUGAGGUGACGUCUGUGUUGAACCGGGCCAAGAAAGCAGGGAAGUCAGUGGGAGUGGUGACCACCACCAGGGUGCAGGAUGCAUCACCAGCCGGGGCCUACGCGCACACCGUGAAUCGAGACUGGUUCUCCGAUGCUGACCUGCCUGCCGAUGCACAGACGUAUGGCUGCCAGGACAUCGCCACUCAGCUCAUCUACAACAUGGACAUUGAUGUGAUCCUGGGUGGAGGCCGAAAGUACAUGUUUCCUGAGGGGACCCCAGACCCUGAAUACCCAGAUGAUGCCAGUGAGAAUGGAGUCCGGAAGGACAAGCGGAAUCUGGUGCAGGAGUGGCAGGCCAAGCACCAGGGAGCCCAGUAUGUGUGGAACCGCACGGCGCUCCUUCAGGCAUCCACCAACUUCAGUGUAACACACCUCAUGGGCCUCUUUCAGCCAGGAGAAAUGGCCUAUGACAUCUUCCGAGACCACACCACGGACCCAUCCCUGGAGGAGAUGACAGAGGCGGCCCUGCGAGUGCUGAGCAGAAACCCUCGGGGCUUCUUCCUCUUCGUGGAGGGAGGCCGCAUUGACCAUGGACAUCAUGCAAACAUAGCUUAUCGGGCGCUGACUGAGACAAUCAUGUUUGACAAUGCCAUCGCCAAGGCUAGCCAGCUCACCAGUGAAGCAGACACACUGACCCUCGUCACCGCCGACCACUCUCAUGUCUUCACUUUCGGUGGCUACCCACUUCGUGGGACCUCCAUUUUCGGGCUGGCCGACGGCAAGGCCAGUGACCGCAAGUCUUACACCUCCCUCCUCUAUGGCAACGGCCCGGGGUACCGGCUGAACAUGGGCUCACGAGCUGACGUGAAUGAAAAGCAGAGCGUGGAUCCCGAGUACCAGCAGCAAGCCGCCGUGCCCCUAGGGAGCGAGACCCACGCUGGUGAGGACGUGGCAGUGUUUGCACGAGGCCCGUGGGCACACCUGAUGCACGGCGUGCAGGAGCAGACCUUCGUGGCGCAUGUCAUGGCCUUUGCUGCCUGCGUGGAGCCCUACACCACCGACUGCCACCCUCAGCGGCCCAGCGGUCCCUCAGACACUGCCCACCAGCUUCACCCUGCAUCAGAAAUGGGUGAGAGCACCUCCCAGGCUGCAGGCGGGUUUGAUGGGCCUGUGGCCUGUCCACUGUCACAGGUGCUUAACAGACGUCUCUUCUCUUCCGCCCUGUACCGACCCACAGCGGCAGCUCCAAAGAAGUUUUGGAGGACUGUCCAUAUGCAGCAAGGAAGGAACUGGGUCAAGUGA